CCCCUCCCCUCGUUCCAUUCCGCCCUGGCUCGAUUCCUUCUGCGUUCUGCCCCCUCCAGCGCCUCCUCCUCUGUUCCUCUAUCCCUAACCCUAACCCAGGCGACGGCGCCGUUGCCCGCGGCUCUCCCUUCACCGACGGCGCCAUCUGGUCCGAGUCCGAGCUGGAGGAGCACGUGUACGUCGGGGAGGCAGCAAGGCCAGCACGCCGUCGGUCCGUCCUUCCCUGGUUCCUCACCGAGCGCCACGAAGAGGAAAAGAUAAUGGUGAAGGAGAAGGGGAAUGAGAAGGGAAAGGGUGCUGGUAAGGAGAAUGCGAAGGCGAAGGCAAAGGAGAAAAUCGUGAAUUACCUAAUUAGGCAAGAUUCGGCGCUGCCUCCGCCGGUUCCGAGGAAGAAGAGGAAGCCUAAGGUGCAGAUUAGGAAGGCGAAAGACUUUCCCAAUGCCCCAACGGGAGAGUUGAUUUAUAGGUUAAAAAAACACCCUCCACCUCCGAGGCGUCUCCCCGACCGCACCGGUGCCGGCGUGCGUGCCGCGGAAGCCGCUGCCUCUACUAUUGUAAGAUUGCUUUACUUGAUGCUUGAUGUAGCCAUAUUUCCAUAUAACCAUAUAGGUGAUGCUUGAUGCUUA